AUGCCUCCGAGAGGUGUUCGUAUUGCCAUUGAUCGCGGUGGCACCUUCUGCGAUUUUUGGGCACAGAUACCUGGUCAAGAAGAGGUCAUCUUCAAACUGUUGUCCGUCUUUCCAGAGGAGUACUCAGAUGCGCCGACCGAAGGCAUAAGAAGAAUACUGGAGCUUGCGACCAAGACAAAGAUUCCGCCCGGUACUCCUCUUGACCUGGCACCCGUGGAAUCCAUACGCAUGGGCACGACUGUUGCAACAAACGCCCUUCUCGAGAGAGCCGGAGAUCCGGUGGUGCUGGUCACGACCAAAGGCUUCCGUGACUUGCUCAAAAUCGGAAACCAAGCUCGCCCUUCCAUCUUUGAUCUCUCCGUUGAGCGAUUGCAGAAGCUCUAUUCGAAAGUCUUAGAAGUCGACGAGCGUGUCACGAUCGAAGGCUUCGCCGAGGACCCAAAUCCGCAAUCCAUCGACAUCGCCAGCGAUCCCGCUCUCACCGAAGGAUUGACCGGUGAAGCUAUACGUGUACUUCGAGUUCCUGACCUUGACACCGUGCGCAGAGAUCUAGAGGCUAUCUGGGAGGAAGGUUUCCACAGUCUUGCAAUUGCUUUCGUGCAUUCGUACACCUACCCCGACCAUGAACGCGUAGUAGCCCAAGUCGCACGAGAGAUUGGAUUUAAAACGCUUGCCGUCAGCUCUGAGUUGCAACCAAUGAUCAAAGUCCUCUCUCGAGCCAAUUCAGCAGUAGCCGACGCCUACCUGAAUCCUAUUACCCAGACCUACCUCGACGGUUUCCGCAAGAGUUUCAAGGGCGAGCUCAAGGACAGCGCAUCCGCAAACAAGCUUCUGUUGAGCCAGAGCGAUGGUGGUCUGACAACGUUCUCGAGGUUCACAGGCUUGAGAGCCAUUCUCUCUGGCCCUGCUGGCGGUAUUACUGGGUAUGCAAAGACGUGCUAUGACGAGAAGGAUGGUACACCAGUGCUCGGCUUUGACAUGGGUGGCACAUCGACUGAUGUAUCGAGGUUCUCCGGAGCUUUCGAGCAUGUUUUCGAGACAGCCAUCGCUGAAGUCUCAAUCCAAUGUCCUCAACUUGAUAUCAAUACUGUGGCAGCUGGUGGUGGGUCUAUGCUGUUCUGGCGCAAUCGCAUGUUCGUUGUCGGCCCCGAGUCUGCUGCGGCCAAUCCAGGUCCCGCAUGCUAUGGACGCAACGGACCCUUGACUGUCACCGACGCGAACUUCUUGCUUGGACGUAUCGUUCCAGACUAUUUCCCUCGCCCACUCGAUUUAGCAACGGUUAAGCAGAAGUUCACCGACCUGACGGAGCUCAUCAACGCGGAAAAGGAAGGCGAGACCUCUCUCACGCCAGAACAAGUCGCUUCUGGAUUCCUCGCCGUGGCCAAUGCCACUAUGACGCGACCCAUCCGCAAGCUGAGCGAGGGGCGUGGCUUUGAGACGGCAGCCCACAAUCUGGCUUGCUUUGGCGGAGCUGGCGGUCAACAUGCUGUUGCGGUGGCCAGAGAUUUGGGCAUUCGCAGAACACUCAUUCCGCGUUACUCGAGUAUCCUUUCUGCUUACGGUAUGGCGUUAGCAGAUGUCGUCGUCGAAAACCAACAGCCAGAGGCCACAACGCUUGCUCCCGAAGCAUAUGGUCGCAUUGAUGCGCGUUACGCUAAGCUUUGUGAGAAAGGCACGAGAGACUUGAUCGCACAAGGUUUCAGCGCCGACCAAGUCAAGCAUGAACUCUUCCUGAACCUCAGAUACGCUGGUACGGACACCACUCUCACCGUCCAGAGAGAAGAGACUACCGAAGGACUCCUACAAGCCUUCGCAGACAGGCAUCGCCAAGAGUUCGGAUUUACACAGUCAAGAGAAGUCCUUGUCGACGACGUGAGAGUCAGGAGUGUCGGGCAGGCCAUGAAUAUAGAACUCCCGAGCCCUUUCAGCGAAUUGCAACGUAUUGCUGCAAGUCCACCAGUCAGUCCAGUGGUCACUGGGAAUAGCAGGAGGGUUUUUUUCGCAGACCAAGGCUGGACUGAUGCAAGUCUUUACCAUCUGGCUAACCUCAAGCCCGGCGUUCGAAUCCGCGGUCCUGCUUUGAUCAUUGACAAAACUCAGACCAUCGUCCUCGAUGCUGCAAGCGAAGCUUCUAUUCUCUCACAGCACGUCAUCAUCGAUCUACUCGACACUGAGCGCAAAGCUGCCUCUACCGAGGUGGUCGACCCCAUCCAGCUGUCGGUCUUCUCGCAUAGGUUCAUGUCUGUUGCAGAGCAGAUGGGCCAGACCAUGCAGAAGACGAGUAUCAGCGUCAACAUCAAGGAAAGGCUGGACUUCUCAUGUGCUGUUUUCGACUCGAAAGGCUCGCUGGUAUGCAAUGCACCGCACAUUCCUGGACAUCUCGGUUCUAUGUCUUAUGCCAUCGCUUAUCAAGCUCGUCGUUACAAGCCGGGAGAGCUAAAGCCUGGCGAUGUGAUACUCUCGAACACGCCUUCUUCUGGAGGCACUCAUCUUCCGGACCUGACAGUGACGACUCCGGUUUUCGAUUCUGAUACCAAUCCAACAAAGAUCAUGUUCUUCGUUGCUAAUCGUGGCCACCAUGCUGAUAUCGGAGGAAUCAUCCCUGGCUCCAUGCCGCCAAACUCGACUGAGCUCUGGCAAGAGGGUGCCGCGGUGGAAUCAUUCAAAAUGGUCAAGGAAGGUGUUUUCGACGAGUCGGGCCUUGUGCAUCACCUAUACGAUGUACCAAGCUCAUACCCUGGCUGUUCCGGAACGCGUACGCUCAACGACAAUCUCGCAGAUCUCAGAGCCGCCGUAGCAUCCAACAACCGUGGUAUUCACCUUAUUCAAGCGUUGGUUCGGGAAUACACAUGGCCGGUGGUGGAGUUCUACAUGCAAGCCAUCCAGACAAACGCAGCGAAUGCUGUUCGAGAUCUACUCAAGGGCGUCGCUCAUCGCUUUGACUAUCGCCAAUUAUCUGCCAUCGACUACAUGGACGAUGGGUCUCCCUUCUGCCUUAGCAUCAGUAUCGAUGGUACGACCGGUGAUGCCACAUUCGACUUUACAGGGUCAGGGCCGGAGGCCUACAACAAUCUGAAUUGUCCUCCGGCGAUCAUAUAUUCUGGGAUCAUGUAUUGUCUUCGUUCUCUUGUACCAUCCGAUAUGCCGCUGAACCAAGGAUGCCUGGCACCACUCAAGAUCGUCAUUCCGCCCGAGACCAUCAUCUCCCCGUCCUACAAGGCGGCCACCGUGGGCUCCAAUGUCGAGACCUCUCAGCGUAUUGUUGACCUGAUCUUCAAGGCAUUCCGCGCCUGCGGUGCGUCUCAAGGCACGUGCAACAACCUGACGUUCGGCUAUGGCGGCAUGGACGAUUCGGGAAAGGUCACAAAGGGAUUCGGAUAUUACGAGACAAUCGCAGGUGGAUCUGGUGCAGGCGCGGAUUGGGACGGAGAAAGCGGUGUUCAUACGCACAUCACAAACACCAGAAUCGGCGACCCUGAAGUGUUUGAGAAGCGAUAUCCAGUUCUCCUCCACGAAUUCAGCAUACGCAAAGGUUCGGGCGGUCGUGGUUUGCAUCCGGGCGGUGAUGGUUGCGUGCGCGAUAUCGAGUUCCGUGUUCCGCUACAGGUAUCGAUUUUGAGUGAGCGACGCGUCAUUCCACCUUACGGUAUGGCUGGCGGUGAGGAAGGGAGUCGUGGCGUGAACAUCUGGAAGAGACGCGAUCCUGAAGAUGGCACUGUUCGGACUAUCAGUCUUGGAGGCAAGGCCACAGUACAGAUGAAUGCGGGCGAUCGUAUCAUCAUCAUGACUCCAGGAGGUGGUGGGUACGGCGUGCCGCCUCAGCAGAUCAAGGACGACAUAGUUGCGGACUUCAGGAUCAGAAGUCGAGGUGCUUUCAUCGGAGGUAAGGUCGGAAGUGGCAGUGUGGGCGAGAAGCAGGCCAUGGCUCAAGGCAAUUGA